GGAUUUGAAUCGACAACUGCAUCUCUGUGCUAAUGUGGUGUAGCAACUCGAACUGAUGUACGUACGUACGAGGUUCUACGUUGUUACUGACUGACUUUGCAAAAGCUCCGGAAAGCGCGACUGCAUAAACUCAUGAUGGAAUAAUAAGUUUUACCUUUUUGAAUUCUUCCUUCAUACUUAAGUUUAAAACUGUGUGAAGAAAGUGGAGGAUGAGUCAAGUGACCUUUUUUAUGUAACUUCGAUGUUUCUAUACAUUUUCCACUAAUAAAUCUGAAAUUAUGGAUAGCUGAUUUAUACUUAUCAAAUCAGAAGCCCAUUGUUUAUGUGAAAAUAUCCGUAAUUUCUAUGUCACUUAAUCGUAUACUAUAACACAGCUACUUUAUAAUUUACGAAUGAUGUUGUAGCAUGUUAUGGUUGACAAUGCAAGAACUGUCAUGUUCUUAUCGUCUUUACUUAUGUAUCAACGAUCGUAAGCAUUUAAAUAUUUUCGAGUUAUAUUAACAACCACGAUUUAUAUCUAAUUGUCCGUAUUUUUGGAUCAAACCAGGUAAACUUAUAUUUGGUUACUUCUGUAUGAAGUAAACGGGGAGUGGAAGCAAACUAAACCAGUUAUAUACCGAGUGUCCUCAAGAAAUACUUCUACAGCUAAAAAGGGAAAAAGCUACUAAAUGGGAUCUCCAGUAGAUUUAAUUACAUACAGUCCCGCUGCUGCACAACAUAACCUUGCUUUGAUUAACUACUGUCGCAUAUCUAUCGCGGCACUUUCUGGAUGUACAGUCGGGAUAUUAGGUUUGACAGGAAUCAUGGGAUUUAUGUUUUAUUUUCUGGCGCAUGGUUUCCUAUCAUUGUUACUGUUACAAAAGGCAGGAAAAUCAUGGAACAAAUACUUUAUUCAGCGUUCGUGUUUAACGUAUGGAGGGGUUUUCGGAGAACUAACUACUUAUAUUUUAUUUUGGACUUUUAUUUAUGGCAUGGUUCAUGUAUAUUGAACAUAAUCUAAAUAUAUUGACCUAUUUUGCUUAAUCUCAAAUAUAUUUUGAAUAAUGGAUCAUAGAAGGACUUCAGUAUGUAUAAUAUUCUAGUCUACCAAGAGGAACUCAUUAAGAAAACGUCUGUUGAUGUAAAUUGUGUUUAAAUGGACAAAUACAUAAUAAAUAGAUUAUUGGUUUUGAAUUUCAGUGACAUUGGCC